AUGUUGAAUGACUAUUCACUUUCGUCGACCACUUCCAUCGCGGAAUUCACUGGCGCCCAGCUGGGCACCUCGACCAAUGCAGCCAGCCUGGUCGACUUCACUUCUUUCCUGACCGAGACGAUUCAUCCAGUUUUGACCUACACCAAACAAACCACCAUCUCCAAUGAUCCUGUCACACAGUUCGUGACCUCGGAGUUGGUCACGACCACACACUCGGAGAGUGUUCAAUCGGUGACGGUCACUUUCACCAACCUACCACAAUCUCAUCUCCCAGAGACACCCUGGGCAGAGAACACCCAGUCUGAAACCAAACAGGGAACCACGCUGCAAACGCCUUCUCCAACUCAUCUCGCCUCCUCGGUCCCAUCAUGGACCAGUGAUACUACAAUCUUCCCCAGUUCAGAAUCGCAGGCGGAAGCAUCACCGGUGGGAUCAAAAGACCCCAAUACUCACACCAGUGAAGCACAUCCCAUGCCACUGUUCACCAUCACACCAACCUCAAUUCGGCCAAGCUCAGCAACUGCCGGCGCGGCAAUGACCACUCAUUCGCCGUCGCAAAGCCCGGUUUCCGGCAGUGACCCGGGACUUCAAAUGGUCACGAGUAGCCUAGAAGGCACUAGCACCCAAUCUUCUUCUACACUUUCGACUCCAUCAUUUGUCACAACAACAACUUCUUCCUCUCCAGUGGGUGGUCAAUCCGGCUCGUCGUCAGAUGACACCCAUAGAAACGCGUCCCACACGGUGGGCACGAUCGUCGGCUGUGUCGUGGGCGGGAUGGCUGUUUCAUUUUUUGCCCUAUUGGCAUGCAUCCUGUUCGUUCGUCGUAGACGACGAAACAGUCCGCAUCGACGUCUACACAGUCGGCAGACGCUGUUGCGAAGCGACUCCGAUAACUCUGCCCGUGCCUUCCUUGAUGGCCACAACCCUCAGCCUUCGUGGCCAAUCCACUACGCAUAUGCGACCACACCUUCAGGGUCUUUCUCUACUCCGGCGCGAAAGUUGUCAGGCACGGGAACUGGGCCCAACUAUGGAUUAUCCGCUGCGAACAAAAAGCUCGCACUGGACAGCUACAUCCAGAAUGGGGACCAUCAACACUCCAUCGGGGCACCCUGGACUGGGUUGAGCUCAAGGCCCACGAUUGAAGUUUCACCUCCAUCACGCAGUGCGUCGAUCUAUUCACGCCAGUCGUGGGAAGAUAGACUGGAAUCUCUCGAGUUCUAUCACAAUGGCGAGCUUACCCUCCCGGACGCAAAUACCACCUACCAUCACGGUGGAAGUGUGGAAGCAAAUCGUAAUCGAGCGGCCGAAAGUUCUACUGUCAAAAAUCUCGCUCGUGGCUGCCUGGAUGGAAUGGGUGCCACAAAUACGUACUAUCCCAGUGGUGGAAGUACGACAACACUUCCCGAAGCCGGAUAUGAGACGCCUGGCACCAAGCACCUCGCUACACCCAAGAGGCGCGCGAGUAUCCGCAGCAAUCCGUUCGAUCUGGAAUUCCCAGCAAGCGCGGCCUCCUGGGAAUAUCCAGAGUCGGGGCUUCAGCACCCGCUCCCACCAACUGAAUUCCCGAAUUCUCCAUGGGGUGGACGAUACUAG